AUGCACGCCAUACCGCAUCUCUCCUCUUCAAGUGGCCAUGGGCACCACCACCACCACCACCAGUCGUCGUCGUCGUCCAGCAGCCAGUCGAAGCCCGUCAAAGUGAAACGCACAAGACAGCGAGUAGAUGCUGGUGAGCCGCGCAACAGUUACGCCAGUAUUGCUAACUUCUCCUCACGCGGAGGAUACCACGGCUACCAUCCCAGCCACAAGUUCGGCUCCAGUCACAGCAGCAGCUCCAACAGCAGCAGCUCACACCACAGCACUGUUGCCGGCUCGGCAGCGACGAACGGCGUUGCUGGAAGUCUGCACCAGCACCAGCACCAGCAUCAACAACAUCAACACCAGCACCUACACCAACAUCAGCAACAUCACCAGCAGCACUCACUGGCAAUGGCUUCGCAGGCAAACACGGCCAACGUCGCGCCGCCGCAUCCAUCUAACCAGGCUGAGCAAGUCUUUGCCUCCAAGCAAAUGAGAGAGGCUUCGGCUUUCAACGCUGCCGCAAUGGCCGCCGCCGCAGCCGCCGCAUCUUCCCGACCUGACAUGAUCCUCGAUCCAGCUCUUAUGCAGAUGUACCAGAACCAGAUGGCCGCGCUGAUGAACGCAGGGACGUACUCGCAGCCGCAACAGCAGCAGCAGCAAUCAAAGGCGACACCACCGGGACCUAGUGCAAUGCCAGCUGAUCAGUUAGCGCUGAACAAUGUCCUCUGCAAUGCGAACGCAUUUUUCAAUCAGCUACAGGCAGAUGCGUCGAUAGCCAGUUUGAUGAAUAAUUUCAAUAUGGAAUCGGCCGCAGCUGCUGCUCUUCUCAACCCAACCUCAAUGCAAGCUCAGAUGCUGAGAGAACUUCUGGAAUCUGGUAGUCGAGAACUGGAGAAGAGCAGUAACGGCAACACCAGCCAGCAGCAGCAACAGGCGGUAGUCGGUGAAGUGACUGCGCGCAAGAACAGCCUUUCUCCAAAAUCAAAGUCUCGCUCCAGUUCGAAGCUGUUUGCCGAUCUCGAGCUUGAGUCCGACCCAAUGGACUUUGCUGACCCGUUCGCCCAGCUGAAGGGGGACUCGGAAAUGGACCGCUACUCCUUGGCGACACCUGGCGAAGAUGGGGCACACGACGAAGAAAAAAGUGGCGACGAGGAAAGACAGCACAGUGGUGGUGGUGGUGGUAGUCUGGUGGAGGAAAACCACCAGCAGAAGCAGAAGCAGCAGCAACAGCAGCUACAACGCAACCACCAGCAGUCGUCAUCGCAGCCGCAGCAACAGCAACAGCAGCAGCAGCAGGAGAGCGAUAGCAGAGUGAAGGCCAAGGAAGGCAAAGUGGGAUACAUGGACGGUGACGGUGAGCAGGAGCGAGUGGAGGAGGACGUGAAAGGAGACGAAGCUAAGGAAACGAUACGACCGAGUGGAAGCGAUUGUGGCAGCGGCAAAGAGGCGACGGAGAUGGCCAGCGAGGAAGUGGCCAAGACAGCUGCCGCGCGGGACGGAAACUCGGCAAAGGAGGAGCAACGGGGCAGAGGCAGACCUUCGCCUGCGCUGAGCCAGCGGCGGGCUAAGUCGCCGACAGCGUACAGCACGCUCGCCUCGGGUUCCACCUCCUCCGCUGAUGGUGGCACUUCUUUAGGCGAUGAGACGUCUUCCUCAGCCUCAUUCACCGCCAAGAUCGCCAAGAGUGCAGAUCAGCAGCCAGCGACGACGAGCGCCAGUGCGACGACCCAGCUUGCGCAAAGCGACAACUCUCACUACGACUCUCUCUCAAACACUGCACUUCUACCUACGACUGACUUUGCUUCUGCAGACGACCAAGUAGACGACGAGGAUCGACUUGCCACUGCUUCUGUCUCUGCUGCUGCCGAGACAGCGUCAUUCGCUCGCAGCACCUCGCCGACUGCACACUCCAAAGGUGUUCGUGUUGAGGACAUCUUCUCCAACAUGCUCCUCAUGACCAACUCAAACGGCGUCUCCACCGGCGCCACUACGCCUAGCAGCCCCACCAACCACGUCCUCAGCCCACCAAAAAGCUACGACGGCGAAAGUGACUCGAGCCUGGCGAAGCCAAGUCAUCAAGCCCAGGGCGUGAACGGGUGCAAAAAACGUAAGCUCUACCAGCCUCAGCAGAGCAGCAAACUGCAGAACGGCAGUCUUGACACGGAAGACGACGACAUGGACGAAGAGGAAGUCAUCACUCCUAAGGUAGAACUGGGAGUCGAGGCUGAACUGGAUGAAGGCUUUGAUGCCAACAUGGAAAUUGACCGUCGCCGCCACGUCAGUCCAGCUCAAGCCGAUCUGCCCAAGGAGAUGGAGCAGGCUACCCCUCCGACGAUGCCAACACGCCAUCACAGCACUCGCAGUGAGCACCUGCCAACCAAGCGAGCUCGUCUUUCCGACUUUGAACGUGAGUACAAAUUGUCCCACAAUUUGCAAUCCCAGCUGUACGGCAUGCAGGCCAAGAUCGCUCUUCAGCAGCUGUACGCCCAGCAGCAGCAGGUUCAGUCUCAGAGAGUGCUCAGCAGCUCAAAUGGCUCCAGUCAGAACUACGCUAGAACUAGUCCAGUCAACAUUGCCCACGGUGCUGCUGACUGUGAUAAUCUGGUCGAUGAGAGGGACCGCGCGCCCACGUCUCGCUCAGGAACCGCCUCCCAAUUCGCCGAAAUGGACAGUCUGAUCGAGUCGCUGAAGGGACAGAUUAUCAGUGACAUUGGGCGCAUCAUUGAUGGUGCUUUUCGCAAAUUUUUCGAAGACAGUGCUCGACCCGAGUUUCAGUCGCAUUCAAGAGAAAGUCGAGGCAAUGAGCUGCUCGCCCAGAUGCUCGACUCAAACACUCUGUCGCCGAUGCACUUGCGCAAGGCUAAGCUGAUGUUCUUCUACGUUCGCUACCCGAGUUCAUCUACCCUGAAGACGUUCUUCCCGGACAUCAAGUUCAACAAGAACAACACCGCUCAACUGGUCAAAUGGUUUUCCAAUUUCCGCGAGUUUUACUACAUUCAAAUGGAAAAGUAUGCCCGACAGGCGCUUAGUGAGGGCAUCAAGAGUGCCGAAGAUCUCAGCGUCACCGAUGACUGCGAGCUGAUUCGCGUCCUCAACCUCCACUACAACCGAAGCAAUCAUAUUAGCAUUCCUGAGAACUUUCGCGGCGUCUGUGAGACAACACUGCGUGAGUUUUACCGCUCUCUGCAGCAGAACAAAGACAACGAACAGUCUUGGAAGAAGUCCAUCUACAAGGUGAUUGCUCGUCUUGAUGACAACGUACCCGAGUACUUCAAGAACCCCAACUUUAUGGAACAAUUGGAGUAA